CUAAAAGUUAGUUUAUCAUUUACGUAUAUAAUCCUCUUUCCUCUCCUUGCGUGUUUCUAGCACUAUCUGUCAACUGCUUAGACUUGUCGGAGGAAUAGGAUAUUCACGAUGUCUACAAGGCGAGGUGAUAAAGCCCUUAGAGGAGAGGACGAAUAUCUGUCUAGCCAUUAUUUUGAAGGCGAGGACGAGACACGAUGGUUAACAGGAAGAGGAGAAUUGAUUACAGUCUACGAUCCAACAAAUAUACCUGGCACAACAUCUACCUACACUACGGCAACAAAAUUGGAAAUACCCAAGGGCUACGUCGUCGAAGUCAUUCGAGCAUGGGUUAAGAUAACCCGGUAGUGUCCAUUAAGGCUUCGAUUACAUGAAAACCAGCAUGACGGCCAACACGAAUGACGAUAGAAAUAUCCAUGCUUGGAUCCUUUGGUAUUAGGGCAGUCCAACACCUUGUUGUAAGAAGUCCAGCGUCCCUCUCCUGCUUCCAAUCACAGCUGGUUGUCAUCGCCCUUGAGAGGAGCUCGCCAAACAGUGGUAUCUGGGUGACUGGCCCGUCGGUGUACACGGAUGUAAUCUCUAUUAUAACGACAGUCAGCCUAGAAGUCUCCCUGUAGGAGGUUUAGCUACCUCUUGUGCUUGCAUUCGUUUCUGUUUGAAGUAGUUCCUUGCUGCAAUUUGAUGCGGAGGCGGAGGCACUGUUCAAUGCGGAGGCACUGUUCGAUGCGGAGGCACUGUUCAACACGGAG